AUGUUCUGGAGAUUUGGCGGAUACGCCAACAUAUCCACCAUCGAUACUAUCCUCGAAAAGCCCGAAUUUACCGUCGAAGACCUCCUCGACGAAAGCGACCUGAUUCAAGAGCUCAAGCAGCACAAUACGAAGCUAAUCGAAUACCUCCGCGAGGACAAUGUGCUCAAGACUCUGCUCGAAUAUGUCGUCGCACCCAAGUUAGAGCCCGUCGCCACCCCAGAACCAGAUGAACCCGCCGAGGAGAUCAAGGGCAAGGGUCGCCUCCUUCCCUUUUCAAGACCUCGCGCCUCAUCCCGAGCUACCGAUACCGACAACGAGGAGGAAGAGCAGGAGAAGAAGCGCAAUCGCUAUGCCUACGUUGCUGCCGAAGUCUUGUCAUCCGACACGUGGUCCAUUUACGAGGCCAUGAUGGAAAACCAAGACCUGGUGCGGGAAUUUUGGCAGUUUCUGAAGCGCCCGACGCCUCUUGACCCCCUGCAAGCCAGUUACUUUACGAAAGUCAACGAGGCUUUGUUCGACAAGAAGACGGAGGAGAUGGUUAUCCUUCUCAAAUCUCUCCCCGAGGCCGUGCCCGACUUGCUCCGUCAUGUUGAGUGCCCUAUGAUUAUGGAUCUGCUUCUCAAGAUCAUUGCCCUAGACCGCACAGAGGGCGGCCAGGGUGUUGUAGAGUGGCUAUACGGCCAAGACGUUGUGCCGACGCUGCUAUCCUGCCUCAGCCCGGAGCACAGCUGGGUUGUUCAGACAGCUGCAGGCGACUUCAUCAAGGCCAUCAUUACCAUUUCGGCCAAUGCAUCGCAAAACGAGCAGCAAUGCAUCGGCCCGAACGAACUCACCCGCCAGCUGGUGUCGCAACCCUGUGUGGAACAGCUGAUCAAGUACAUGUUAGGAGGUGGAAACCCGCUGACCGUGGGUGUCGGCAUCAUUAUCGAAGUCAUCAGGAAGAAUAACUCGGACUAUGAUCCAGACGUUGGCACCGAAGCCAACUCUGUUCCCUCGAGCCGAGACCCCAUCUAUCUAGGAACCCUCCUCCGCUUGUUUGCGCAACACAUUCCCGAUUUCGUCAACCUGAUUAUGAACAUCCCGGUGCAGAAGGGACCGUUGGAAUCGACCUUUGGCGAAAAGAUAGAGCCUCUUGGCUUCGACCGAUUCAAGACGUGCGAGUUGAUGGCCGAACUGCUUCACUGCAGUAACAUGGGCCUACUCAAUGAAGUUGGUUCCGAGGACGUGAUUGCAGCUCGAGAUGCUGAGCGUCAGCGCUUAAGAACGGAGGGUAAGCUUACCCCAAACCGUGGAGAAGAACCGCCAUCAUCUACGGAUGACUUGACGAUGCGCAUCGGUCGUUCUUCUCCCGAGGAGGGACGUCGUUUAGAGGUAACCAAUAUCUCAGACGAUGACGGAUUCGAAGAGGUUGAGCCCAGCCGCGAAAUGAACGAGGACACGUCCCACGAGUUCGUAAAAGCCGAAGAAGAGAUUCCUGUCGCUGCACCAGCCUCGUCCUUCCUGGACAGAGACGAAGACGACUUUGUGGACGAGCCGCUCAGCUCGCCCAGACUCAACGUCGCAGAUGACAAAAUCAAGGAACAACGAUUUGAUGACCCCGAUCUGGUGGUCGCUCCCCUUUCGCCGAACAAGCCAAAGACUGCUUCCAUCGAUGAGACUGCUGCAGCAGCAGCGGUUUCCGAAGCCAAGUCCGAAUUGGAGGCGAAGCCGGAUACCGUUGACGCCAAGAGUGAAGAGCCGGCUGCGAAAGAAUCCAAAUCUGAGAAAACUGAGAAGACUUCCGGCGCAGACGACCUGGCUGACAAGACCUCGGAUGAUGCUACCAUUAACAAGGUAGAGGAACUUUCGCUUGAGGAGAAGGCUGAUCAAACGGUUGUUCCCGAGGACAAUCAGAAGGGUGACGAGUCCGACUCUUCUGUUGUCUAUACGCCUAGCGUCACCGAUUCUGAGGCGAAAACCGAGCCAGCAGAGACCGCGCCGGCAGUGCCUGAACCUCCCCAGCACCCCGAAGACAUGCCAGCCCCUCUGUUUUCCAAAUCCACCACUGAUCCUGAUGCGACUGCGGACAAGGACGAUACUUCCAAGGAGACCGAAUCCGAAGUUGAGCCAGCUCCGGAGGUUCCCAUGGCCCCUCCAGUUCCCGAGGUGCCAGAAGCCCCCGCGGCUCCAGGAACUGACGACGAUGCGACAAGGGAGGCUGGAGACCUACCGCCUGCUGUUCCCGAUCGGCCUGACCCGAACAGCGUUAAGCCUGUUGUCGGCGACUACCUCAAGGUGCAAUUUGUCGAAUACCGUGUUGUGCCCACGAUUCUGGUUUUUAACGGGCCUAUGGACAGAGGCUACAACCCGACCUUGGCAGUUUCACUGUUUGAGGCUGCGGAUAUCACGACGGCUAUCAUCAAGGGCCAACUCGCUAGUGACGAGUCACAGGCCAGGAUGAAGACUCGCAUGGGUUACAUGGGACAUCUCACUCUCAUCGCUGAAGAGGUGGUGAAGUUUACGGAACGUCACCCUCCCGAACUCUUGUCUGAGACUGUUCUUGAACGGGUUAUGGACCCGCGAUGGAUCAGCUAUGUGGAAGGCGCCCUCGCCGAAACUCGCGAGCGAGACAACGCCAUUCUCGGCGGAGUCCGUCCCGAGGUGGCUAUGGGUAACCGGGCCGGCAUGUCUGGCAACGGGCUGGCAGCAGUCGGUCUCUCUGGCCUGGGAUCGUCCUUUUCCAACUCCCAGAGCAAUACUGGCUCCAACGCGCUCGCUGAUGCUGGACUCAACGGUAACGCAGACCUUCAAGAAAGCAGCGGUAACGGUAUUGGGCCAUUCGCCAUCAGCUCAGGCACUCUCAUGUCUGGCUUCGGCAGCUCCAGUGAUGAGGAGGACGAGGGGGAAGAAGAGAACGAAGACGAUGUCAACAAUGAGUGCGCAUACGAGGACGGAGGACUCCAUGACAGUCGAAUAUCCCAAGAGGAUCACACCGACGGCGCCGGCGAUGACUUUGGACGUAGGAUAGAUGUAGAGGACGAAAGCAACGAUUCGCCGAACCUUGUAUCUUGGGACGAUAAGGGGUUCCGGGCUUAUACCGAUCCAUUGAACAACACCUCAUCGUCUCUCAACCCGCCAUCGAUCCCUCCGCCUCCGCCGCCGCCGCCGCCAUUGAACAACCCUCCUUCUAGAGCGCGGUUGCAGCUUGCAGCUCGUUUGGCUAUGCACCAGAAGAACCAGGCCGCUGCUUCUCAAGAAGACGACGACGACGACGACAAGGGCGAGUCUGGUGAGGGCGAGCGGCUAGAGAACCCGUUUGCCGAUGACGAAGACGACGAAGAAAAUUCGAGCGACGAGGACGACGAAGACCGUCAUGGUCCAGGGGCAGCGGCAGCUGUUGCAGGUGCCUGGGGUCAACCUGGAAGUGGGUCGUGGUGGCGAGGGGUGGGACGUCAGGGGCGGCCACGAUUUGACGGACAAGAUGAUUCGGACGAGGAAGACGACGAUGAGGAGUUUGGUGAUUUUGCCAUGCCCGAGGUGGAGCCAGCGCCGGGUACGGAUCCCAACGAGAAGGUGAUUCUAAAGCCUCUCGCGGUACACCCGCCGCAGGGUGCUUCAGGAGGCAAAGCCUUUAGCGGUCUGUGGCCGUUUGCAGGUAAGAAGGAUGGCAAGGACGAUGGUGAGAAGGGGCCAUCGGAAGAGACGGCGACGGGAGACGACGAGAAGCCGAUCCAGGCGGCCGUCGAGGCUGCUCGGCGGACGAGCAUCGAAGAUCCGGAUGACGAUGAAGAGGUUGUGGUGCAGAAGCCGACAAGCCUCUGA